UCACCUCCAUGUGGCAUGGAUUCGAGUAGCUCUGAGGAGUUCUAUCAGGCUGUUCACCAUGCUGAGCAAACCUUCAGGAAGAUGGAGAGCUACCUGAAGCAACAGCAGCUCUGCGACGUUAUCCUGAUUGCAGGGAAUCGCAAGAUACCCGCACACAGACUUGUCCUCAGUUCUGUCUCUGACUACUUUGCUGCCAUGUUUACAAGUGAUGUUUGUGAAGCCAAGCAAGAGGAGAUCAAAAUGGAAGGCAUAGACCCCAAUGCACUGUGGGAUCUUGUGCAGUUUGCAUAUACAGGCUGUUUGGAAUUGAAAGAAGACACCAUUGAAAAUCUUCUGGCAGCUGCCUGCCUCCUCCAGCUCCCACAAGUAGUAGAAGUUUGCUGCCAUUUCCUAAUGAAGCUUUUGCACCCAUCCAACUGUCUGGGAAUACGAGCAUUUGCUGAUGCACAAGGAUGCACAGAGCUUAUGAAGGUGGCUCACAACUACACCAUGGAGAAUAUAAUGGAAGUUAUGAGAAAUCAAGAGUUUUUACUACUACCAGCUGAAGAACUCCAUAAACUUCUGGCUAGUGAUGAUGUCAAUGUUCCUGAUGAAGAAACAAUUUUCCAUGCCUUAAUGAUGUGGGUGAAGUAUGAUAUGCAGAGGCGAUGCAGUGACCUAAGUAUGCUACUUGCUUAUAUCAGAUUACCACUGCUUCCACCACAGAUACUGGCUGACCUAGAAAACCAUGCACUUUUUAAGGAUGACCUAGAAUGCCAGAAACUUAUUUUGGAAGCCAUGAAAUACCAUCUCUUGCCUGAAAGAAGAACCCUGAUGCAAAGCCCAAGAACAAAACCUAGAAAAUCUACAGUUGGGACACUUUAUGCUGUUGGAGGAAUGGAUAACAACAAAGGUGCUACAACCAUUGAAAAGUACGAUCUGAGAACAAAUAUAUGGAUCCAGGCCGGAAUGAUGAAUGGCAGAAGGCUUCAGUUUGGUGUUGCUGUCAUUGAUGAAAAACUGUUUGUCAUUGGAGGUCGGGAUGGUUUAAAGACAUUAAACACUGUUGAAUGCUACAACCCAAAGACGAAGGCUUGGACUGUGUUGCCACCAAUGUCAACACAUAGGCAUGGUUUAGGAGUUACAGUGCUUGAAGGGCCUAUUUAUGCAGUGGGAGGCCAUGAUGGUUGGAGCUAUUUGAAUACAGUUGAGAGGUGGGACCCUCAAAGUCAGCAGUGGACAUUUGUGGCAAGUAUGUCAAUUGCCAGAAGCACUGUUGGAGUAGCAGCAUUAAAUGGCAAGUUAUAUUCAGUUGGAGGUCGGGAUGGAAGUUCCUGCUUGAGUUCAAUGGAGUAUUAUGAUCCUCACACAAAUAAAUGGAAUAUGUGUGCUCCAAUGUGCAAGAGAAGAGGAGGUGUAGGAGUCGCUACAUGUGAUGGAUUUCUUUAUGCAGUUGGAGGCCAUGAUGCUCCUGCUUCUAACCAUUGCUCCCGCCUCCUGGACUAUGUAGAAAGGUACGACCCUAAAACUGACACAUGGACAAUGGUGGCUCCACUGAGCAUGCCUCGAGAUGCUGUUGGUGUGUGUCUCCUUGGUGACAAACUAUAUGCAGUGGGUGGAUACGAUGGUCAAACAUACCUGAACACUAUGGAAUCGUACGAUCCUCAAACUAAUGAAUGGACACAGAUGGCUUCCCUAAAUAUUGGAAGAGCUGGUGCCUGUGUUGUAGUCAUUAAGCAACCAUGACUUUGUCAGCACUGCUUAGGAUUUUAUUGACUGUGAAAUGAUUAUUUUUCUAUCAGACAACAAGAAUGGUAACUUCCUGAGAAAUAGGAUUUACGCAGUGAAUACUCUGUUGAUCACAAACUUUGAGAAGUUUGAAAAUCAGACAGAUUAAAGACUUAUGCCCUAUACAAUCAUAAAAACUGUUCACAGUCAGUGAACAAGAAAACAAUCACUCUGUUAUAGGAAUAGAUAUGUGAAUACACAGGAGCAAGUUCAGACACUGCUUUCAGGAACAUGUGCUGCGGUGCUGGAUAAUCAAAAGCACCGAAGGACAACGCUACACAAGGACCAGGA